AUGGGUAACUCUAACCAAAGUAAGGUUCAGUGCGAUGGAAGGGCUCCAGAUAACAUACUGGUACCAAAGUGGUAUCGUAUGACGGGAGACAGUGGUGACCAGAUUCCAGAGAAAUGUGUACCCAUGAGACGCUGCGGUACUCACGCUCCAGGCUGGCUUAAUGGUAAACAUCCAAGUCUCCGGGAAGGUGUGGUAGCUCGUCAAGUCUGUUAUCAUUGGACACGCGGAUGUUGUCAAUGGAAACAGAACAUUAAGAUCCGAAAUUGUGGUGAUUUUUAUGUGUACGAGCUGCAGAAACCGCCAGCGUGUUCGUUACGUUACUGUGGAAACAAAGGAGGAGAGGCCACGGAAUGUUCUGCUGGCGGCUACCAAGAACUUAACCAAGCUGAUCGUUGGUAUCGUAUGACGGGAGACAGUGGUGACCAGAUUCCAGAGAAAUGUGUUCCCAUGAGACGCUGCGGUACUCACGCUCCAGGCUGGCUUAAUGGUAAACAUCCACGUUUGCAAGAAGGUGUGGUAGCUCGUCAAGUCUGUUAUCACUGGACAGGUGGAUGUUGUCAAUGGAAAAAUAGCGUUAAAAUCCGAAACUGCGGCGACUUCUAUGUGUACGAGCUUCGAAAGCCUCCGACGUGUUCAUUACGCUAUUGUGGGAACAAAGAAGCGCCUACAACUCAGCCACCAAUCAUAGAACCAACACAGUCACCAGGUAACGUAUCAUCUCGAGCAUUGUUUUAA